AUGGAGCUGAUGGUGGGCAAGGAGCUCUGCUACACCGUGUCCUCUGUCAUAUCCACCAACCACGAGAGGAUUUACGUUGCUGGAGCUCCCAGGUUCAACCACACGGGGAAGGUCAUCAUCUUCAGCAUGCACAGCACCCGAAACCUCACCAUCCACCAGGCCCUGAAGGGCGAGCAGAUCGGCUCCUACUUCGGCAGUGAAAUCAGCUCCCUGGACGUGGAUGGUGAUGGUGUCACGGACGUGCUGCUGGUGGGAGCUCCCAUGUUCUUCAGCGAGGGCCGGGAGCGGGGCAGGGUCCACGUCUACACCCUGCGGGAGAACCUCUUCGUUUCCAGUGGUGCCCUCGUGGAUCUCCAGAGCUACCAGAACUCCCGCUUCGGCUCCUGCAUCGCCGCCGUCCCCGACCUCAACCAAGACUCCUACAACGACCUCGUUGUUGGGGCCCCUUUGGAGGACGAGCACCAAGGAGCCAUCUACAUCUUCCUGGGCUUUGAGAAAACCAUCCUGAAGCAGUACAAGCAGGUACAGGACAACAAGGAUGCUGGCCCCAGUUGAUGUAUUGGAUGCAGCAUCCAUGGGCAGCUGGACCUGAACGAGGAUGGGCUGGUGGACUUGGCUGUGGGCUCUCUGGGGAAUGCUGUGCUGCUGUGGUCCCGCAGCGUGGUCCAGAUCAACGCCAGCAUCCACUUUGAGCCCCCCAAGAUCAAUAUUUUCACCAAGGACUGCAAGAGGAAUGGGAAGGAGGCCACCUGCAUGACAGCCUUCACCUGCUUCACCGCUGUCUUCCUCUCAGCUCACUUCCAGACAGCCAGUGUGGUGCUGCGGUACAACGGGACCAUGGAUGAGCGGAGGUACAACCCCCGGGCUUACCUGGAUGAGAGUGGGGAGAGGCAGAUGCAGAAGGGGCUGGAGCUCCAGGCUGGCCAGGAGCACUGUGAUAAACUCCACUUCCACGUCCUGGACACAGCUGACUACGUGAAACCUGUCACCUUCUCCAUCGACUACGAGCUGGAGCCCCCUGAGCACGGCCCCAUGCUGGAUGAGGGGUGGCCCACAUCCCUCAGGGUCUCGGUCCCUUUCUGGAAUGGGUGCAAUGAGGAUGAGCACUGUGUCCCUGACCUGGUCCUGGAUGCCAGGAGUGAUGUGCCCAGUGCCAUGGAUUAUUGCAGGAGGGCCCUGAGGAAGACCCCCCAGGACUGCUCAUCCUUCAGCCUCUCCUUUGACACCUCCAUCUCCAUCCUGGAGAGCAGCAGGAGGAGAGUGGCCGUGGAGGCAACGCUGGAAAACCGAGGGGAAAACGCCUACAGCACCAUCCUCAACAUCUCCUUCUCCAGGAACCUCCAGUUUGCCAGCUUGAUCCCCAAGGACGACACAGACAUCAACAUAGAGUGCCUGACUGAGGAGAAGAACCCCCACAGGAGGGUCUGCAACGUCAGCUACCCCUUCUUCAGAGCCAAGGCCAAGGUGGCUUUCCGUCUGGAUCUGGAGUUCAGCAAAUCCGUUUUCCUGCAGAACCUGGAGGUUUCCCUGCUGGCCAGCAGUGACAGCGAGGAGAAGGAAAGCACCAAGCAGGACAACGUUGCCCACCUCAAGUUCCACCUGAAAUACGAAGCUGAUCUGCUCUUCACCAGAGCAUCCAGCCGGGAUUACUACGAGGUCAGGUCCAACAGCUCCCUGGAGAGCCCCGGGCCCCCCUUCCACUGCAGCUUUAGGCUCCAGAACCUGGGCUUCUUCCCCGUGGAAGGGGUGACCAUCAAGCUCACCAUCCCCGUGGCCACCAGGGCUGGCAACCGCCUGCUGCUCCUCACCCAGUUCCUGGUGGACCAGGAGUACACAACCUGCAACAUCUGGGGAAACACCACAGACUACAGGAGGACCCCAUCGGAGGAGGACCUGACCCGUACCCCACACCUGAACCACAGCAACUCGGACGUGGUGGCCAUCGACUGUGACGUGAAACUGGGCCCCAACGAGGAGCUGAACCUGCAGCUGGGUGGCAACCUCUGGAUGGAGUCUCUGAAAGCACUGAAGUUCAAGGCACUGAAGAUCACCACCACUGCCUCCCUCCAGCGCCGCUUCGGGAGCCCCUUCAUCUUCCGUGAGGAGGAUCCCAGCAGGCAGGUAACCCUGGAGAUCUCCAAGGCUGAGGAAUGGCAGAUUCCCACCUGGAUCAUCCUGGGAAGCACCUUGGGAGGGCUCCUGCUCCUGGCCCUGCUGGUCCUGCUGCUCUGGAAGCUUGGAUUUUUCCAGAGUGGGAGCCAGAGGAGAGCAGCAGAGAGGGCAGGGGAUCCCCAGGAGUGAUUUCUUUGUUC